AUGAGCGCGGGGGGCCCCGUCUCGCUGCGCCCCGGAGGCGCGGGGGUGUCGCUUCGCCCGGGCGGCGACGCGGCGGGCGCCGCGUCGCCGUUCUCCAGCUUCGCGAUGGGAUCCAAGCCGCAGGCCCCGAGCGUGGACAACGCGAAACGCCUCAACAGCGAGGACGUCGUCAAGUACACGAAGGAGUUCAUGAUGCAGUUCAAGGAGCGAUACACCGAGAUCCCGGUCGAGCUCGCGACGUCCCCGCUCGAGGUCGUCAUCAACGACGUCAACGAACGCAGCGACGACGACGACGACGACGCGACGCCGGGCGGGCAGUGGGGGAAAAAAGAAACCGACGGCGGCGAUCCGUUAUCGUCCAAGAGCGGUUCGUCCAAGUCGUCGUCCGACGCGAAGGACUGGCACGCCAAGCCGACGCCCGCGUCGGAAGCCGCGGACCGCAAAGCCGGGAAGCAGAGCAAGAAGCAAGGCGGCAGGGUCGACCUCACGCCGCUUCCCGAGGGCACCGAGGGCGCGACCAUCGUGAAGGCGGCCAACGCGUGGUCCAGAGGCGGCGCGGAUGACGACCGCGCGAGGGUGACGCGGCUGAUCAAGGGAAUCCUAAACAAGAUCACGCCGGAGAAAUUCGACCGCCUGAUGGAGCAGCUCCUGGAGGCGGGCAUCGACGACGCGGACAUCCUCGCGGAGACGAUAUCCAUCGUCUUCGACAAAGCGAUCUGGGAGCCCGGGUUCUGCAGCAUGUACGCGGACGUGUGCCUGCGUCUGUCGAAGGAGCUGCCGGAAUUUCCAUCCGCGGAGCCCGGCGGGAAGCCGACGACGUUCAAACGCGUCCUUCUCAACACGUGCCAGGAGGAGUUCGAGGGCGCGGGGAAGGCGAGGGAGGAGCUCGCGAACAUCGCGGACGCCGCGGAGCGCAACGCGGCGACGAAGCGCGUCAAGGUGCGAACCAUGGGCAACAUCAAGCUCAUCGGAGAGCUGUACAAGAAGCACAUGAUCGCGGAGAAGAUCAUGAACGCGUGCGUCGCGGACCUUCUGGGCCCGCCGAGCCAGACGCCGCCGGAGGAGAACGUCGAGGCGCUGUGCAACCUCCUCGUCGCCGCGGGGAAAGAGCUCGAGGCGUCGCCGAAGCUCCCGAAGCAGAUGAUGGACAUGUAUUUCGCGCGUCUCAAGGCGCUCAGCGAGUCGGAGGCGAUGGACUCGCGCGUGCGCUUCCUGUGCCGCGACGUCAUCGAGCUGCGCAAGGCGGAGUGGGUCCCGCGCGUGAAGAAGCUCGAGGCGAUGACGCUCAACGAGAUCCACGCGGAGGCGGCGGCGGCGCUCGGCAUCGCCCCCGCGCAGGCGGAGGAGAUCUUAUUCCCGGAGGGACCCGGCGCCGUGGGCGACGGGUGGGAGGUCGUCGGCAAGGGCAAGGGAUCCGGCGGGGGAUCUGGAUCUGGAUCCGGCGGCGGGAAGUCCGCGCUGUCCGGGCCGUACGUCGCGUCGAAGCACGGCGACCGCGCGAUGCCGACGGAGCGCGAGAAGGCCAAGCUGGACGCCGCCGCGAGGGCGGCGGCGGCGGCGGCGUGUAGGUUGCGUCCCGCCGCGGGGGAAGACGGCGGCGCGUCUUCGUCCGGCGGCGGGACGCUCAACGCGGAGAAGAUCGACGCUAUGAUCGACUCGAUGAUCGACGAGUACACCAACGUCGGCGACGUCAAGGAGGCGGUGCUGUGCGUCAAGGAGAUUCAAAAGGAGGCCAAGGAUUCCGCCGCGGCGAUUACGUCGUGCGCGUCCAAGCUGGUGUCGCACGUCGUCGACCUCUCCCAGGAGAAGGCGCGCGACCUCGUCAUCGCGCUCCUCGCCGCGAUGGUCCACGACUGCGACGUCCCCGACGUGGUCAUCUCCACCGCGUUGGGCGAGCCGGUGAUGGCGUUGGACGACAUCGCGAUCGACGUGCCGAUGGCGCCGAAGCUCCUCGGCGUCAUGACCGCGCGGCUGGUGUCGGCGAACGCGUUGGACGCUGCGUUCAUCAAGACCUCCGCGCAGGAGAUCGAGGACGUGCUGUACCGCCGCGAGUUCGCCGCCGCGGCGUUUAAGGAGUUGAACGCGGAGGGCGCGAAGGGCGCGAAGGCGACGGUGGACGCGGCGGGGAUCGACGUCGCGAAGCUUUUGGGCGGCGACCCGGAGUUCGACUCUCCGAUCGGCGAGUUUCUCGAGAAGCAAGGGCUGAAGGAGCUGUGCUGA